GACUUGGGUGUGAGUAGGCAAGUGUUCUGGCUGGUUCUGUUCUUCUUAUAGGUUCCCCUGGCCCAGUCUGAGGCGUUCCUCGUGGACCUAUUGGAUAAAGUGUGUAUGCGAAUGAACGAUUACCAGCUGGAAGAUGACCCAGUGACCAAGCAGAAGUAUUUCAGGAGAUACGCUCCUAGAAAGGGAGACAAAAUAUACCAAGAAUAUAAAAAGUUCUUCUUUUAUUCUGAUGCCUUCAAACCUUUGAAAUUCGCGUGCGAAGCCAUCAUUGAAAAGUAUGAGGAUGAGAUAUUCGCACUUAUCGCCCAGGAGGCACACCAUCUAGCUGACAUGCUGUGCAGUGAAAAAUCAGAUCUGUGUGGCACUCCAAUCAAUCAUCCUGAACCAUAAGAGUGAGGAGUGGGGUCACAGCCUCAAAGGCCACUGUGCACUUCACGUCGUGUGACUACUGUGAUAAGGAAUUUGAUCUCGUGUCUGCUGUACUUGUCUCAUGCGUGAUAUUGGUUUGAAAAUCUCUGACUUGGCAUCAUGACAAACCCAAGUCUUCUCUUAGGCGAAAAGAAGUUUAUAAAAUUGAACACCCCUUUGCAUAUUUGGAUGGAAGCUGGGUUGGCAAUAGAGCAUUAAAUUUUGCUGAGGGAAAAAAGGUGAAACCGUUUCUUGAAGUCAGUAGGGAUUUAAGAGUGGGUACAAGUGUUUCAAAGCAAAUGUGUCUGACACUUCCAUAUAUGGUUUACUGUUUGG